AUGCCGACCGCCGUCUCUCAUAUCCAGCGCGUUGACGUCGAGACGUGCGAAGGAAGUCGGUCUUCUGAUGCAGGUCUGUUGAUGCACCACACCAAGCUCCCCCGCACGCCCGUCUGCCUCAACGCGGUUUUGCGGGACACAAUUCAAGUCGAUUCACUCCCCAACUUUGCAGGUGCUCUUGUCGAACACGUCUGCGAGGGCAUCAAGUGCAAAGGACCUGGACGAUUGAGUGCGAGCUCCGCUGCAAUCUCGACACGGGUGGCGGCGCUGGACAUCAUCGCGGACCCGCUGCCGCAGACUGUGACGUGUCUGCGGCAGCACCGGCUGUCCGCCGGCGGCAGGGGGCUGUGGCUGAGCCUGAUGCACGACACGAUGCUCGCGACCAACGAGCGGCUGCAGAUACCCCGAGUCGCAGGCCAAGUCGCCCUGCAGACUGCCUAA